AGCCACAUCUGAUAGGGGGGAAAAUCCGAACGGCGGCGGCCGCCGCCAUAUUGCGGAGCUGUCACAUCGCUUGCCGCGCUCCGCGCCGCAUCCCCGGCGAGCAGCGCGGGGCGGCCCCGCAGCACCUCCUGCCCCGCGGUGAGGGGGCUGCGGGGGGGACACACCGCCCCGCCAGGAACSGAGAGCGCCGCGCCCCAAGCACCUUGUCCCGGGGGCUCGUUCCCCCCCCUCCUCCCGGUGCCGCGGAGGGAACGGAGUCCCAGAAGGGGGUGAAGAGUUUUUGGAAGAUUUAACGGGACAGGAGACUACUGAAAACAAGAAAAAUGCCGAAACCAAUCAAUGUCAGAGUAACCACAAUGGAUGCAGAGUUGGAAUUUGCCAUCCAGCCCAAUACAACAGGCAAGCAGCUCUUUGAUCAGGUGGUGAAAACUGUUGGUCUUCGUGAAGUCUGGUUUUUUGGGCUGCAGUAUGUGGACAGCAAAGGCUACUCAACUUGGCUGAAGCUAAAUAAAAAGGUAACACAGCAAGAUGUACGGAAAGAAAAUCCAUUGCAGUUUAAGUUCAGGGCCAAGUUUUUUCCAGAGGAUGUAUCUGAAGAAUUAAUUCAGGAAAUAACUCAGAGACUUUUCUUCCUGCAAGUCAAAGAGUCGAUCUUAAAUGAUGAAAUAUAUUGCCCACCAGAAACUGCAGUUCUUCUGGCUUCUUAUGCUGUCCAGUCCAAGUAUGGGGAUUACAGUAAGGAGAUCCAUAAACUGGGCUACCUAGCCAAUGACCGGCUUCUUCCUCAGCGUGUCUUAGAACAGCACAAACUGACAAAAGAACAGUGGGAAGAAAGAAUACAGAACUGGCAUGAAGAACACAGGGGAAUGUUAAGGGAAGAUUCUAUGAUGGAAUACCUUAAGAUAGCACAAGAUUUGGAAAUGUAUGGAGUCAACUAUUUUGAAAUAAAGAAUAAAAAAGGAACUGAAUUGUGGCUAGGAGUUGAUGCUUUGGGCCUGAAUAUUUAUGAGCAUGAUGAUAAGCUUACACCCAAAAUUGGUUUUCCUUGGAGCGAAAUAAGAAACAUCUCUUUUAACGACAAAAAAUUUGUCAUAAAGCCAAUUGACAAAAAAGCCCCUGAUUUUGUUUUUUAUGCUCCCCGUCUGAGAAUUAACAAGCGAAUUUUGGCACUGUGUAUGGGAAAUCAUGAAUUGUACAUGAGACGAAGGAAACCCGAUACAAUUGAAGUGCAACAGAUGAAGGCCCAAGCUAGAGAAGAGAAACAUCAGAAACAAUUGGAAAGGGCACAAUUAGAAAAUGAGAAGAAGAAAAGGGAGAUUGCAGAAAAGGAAAAGGAAAGAAUAGAGCGUGAAAAGGAGGAAUUAAUGGAACGCUUAAGACAAAUUGAGGAGCAAACAAUGAAAGCUCAGAAAGAGCUAGAGGAACAGACUAGAAGAGCUCUAGAACUGGAUCAAGAACGGAGGCGUGCAAAAGAGGAAGCAGAACGCCUGGAGAAAGAGCGUCGAGCAGCUGAAGUAGCCAAAACUGCUCUAGCCAAGCAGGCAGCUGAUCAGAUGAAGAACCAGGAGCAGCUAGCAGCAGAAAUUGCUGAAUUCACAGCCAAGAUUGCACUUCUAGAGGAGGCCAAGAAAAAGAAAGAAGAGGAAGCUUCAGAAUGGCAGCACAAAGCUUUUGCAGCCCAAGAGGACUUGGAAAAGACCAAAGAAGAACUGAAAUCUGUGAUGUCUGCUCCUCCUCCACCUCCACCCCCACCAGUUAUUCCCCCAACAGAGAAUGAACAUGAUGAACAUGAUGAGAACAAUGCUGAAGCCAGUGCAGAACUGGCUUCCGAUGGUGUCAUGAAUCACAGGAGUGAGGAAGAACGGGUAACAGAAACACAGAAAAAUGAACGUGUUAAGAAACAGCUCCAGGCUUUAAGUUCAGAGUUGGCUCAAGCCAGAGAUGAAACCAAGAAAACACAAAAUGAUGUCCUUCAUGCUGAGAAUGUUAAAGCGGGCCGCGAUAAGUACAAGACUCUCCGGCAAAUCCGACAAGGCAAUACAAAGCAGCGUAUUGAUGAGUUUGAAGCAAUGUGAGAGCUGGUAUUUUGCAUAUAUGUUCCUCGUAAAGCUGAACCACCAACAGAGAAAAAAAGCAGGCCUUUGCAGAUUUGAUGGAUUGCACCCCACUUUGCCAAAGCACUUAAUACCAGGUUGACUACAGUGACAAGAAGAAAAUUUAGGGGAAGCUAUUCAACAGUAAGGCAGUCUGUUAACCCUAGGUUUUGGGUGGCGGGACGGUGUGGAGGUUAAUAGCAGGUUUUUCCCCAUUGUGUUUUCAGUUUGUU